CCGCCUCCCAUUUUUAAUUAUUAUAAAUACAGCCGAAAGGGGUUUUCCCUGAUUCUGCACAUUUACAUGUAACAAUUUUCCCUCUUCUCUUCUUAACCUUGACAGCACUUAAUAAUCGUUAACAAUCAACUUCAUUUGCGGGAUGGCUGCAUCUUCUUCAAGGGCAGUGAAGGAAGCAAGAGGAGAGAGCAUAGAGGGGCCAAACUGGCUUGAACUUCCUAGAGAAGUGACAGCAAAGAUUCUGCACAAGCUUGGUCCCUUUGACAUUUUCACCAAUGCAAGCCGAGUGUGUCCUUUAUGGUGGAAAAUCUGCAUGGACCCUCUCAUGUGGCGCACAAUUUACUUGACCAACCGCCCUCCCUAUUCACACUCCAAAUUGGCGAUGUUUUGUCGCCAUGCCAUCAAACGAAGUUGUGGUCAUUUGGAAGACAUUAGUAUUGAGGGUAUUGGCACUGAUGAAGUCCUCAAAUACAUUGCUGAUAGUGGAAGUCACCUAAGACGGAUUUGUCUUUUAAAAUGCUGGGAAAUUUCAGACAAAGGGUUGAGAGAGGUUGUGAAGAAGCUUCCACUGCUGGAAGAGUUUGAAAUUUCAUUCAGCUGCCUAUCUAAGGAUACUUUGGAACUUAUGGGAAAAUGUUGCCCAAAUUUGAAAGUGCUGAAAUUUAACAUGAAGGAAUAUAAAGGCUUGAAGUCUGAUGCUGAGGCGUUUGCUAUUGCAAAAACCAUGCCUCAACUAUGUCAUCUCCAGCUUCUGGGAAACAGGCUCACUAAUGAGGGCUUGCUUGCCAUUCUUGACGGAUGCCCUCAUCUUGAAUCUCUUGAUCUGCGUGUUUGUUCCAAUGUCGAUUUGAGCGGAAGUUUGAGGGAAAGGUGCUGUAAGCAGAUCAGAGAUUUACGAUUUCCAGAAGACUUGAGUGAAGUUUCCACCUAUGUUGAAGAUGAACAACCUGAUUAUGAUUAUUAUUUUGAAUGUGACUGUGGAUGCGACUGUGACUGGAGCAAUGAAGGGGACGAUAGGGCAAAUGAUGAAUAUAUCAUCGCUGACUAUUAUGGUCUAUUAUGAUUCAUUUUGUAGCUAAGCUAUCCUGUGUUCUUUUAGGAUAUGUUAAUCACCUGCAGGUACUGUUCUAUAUGGCAUUUAAUUUUGGUUUGAAGAGGCUCACUUGUUCUUCUAAAUGCCAUGGUUUUUUUUUUCUUUACUUUUGUGGUGUCCAUGUAUUCAGACUAGUACUUUAUAUACUUAUGAAUGGUUUUAACAUA